AUGGAUUUCUCCAGCUCUCUCCUCCAGCUUCAGGAUAACUCUGCCUUUCUGUUCGACUGCGAGAACCUCCUGGAUCAAAGCCACACAGCUUCUGACGCUGGCUACUACAGCGCCUGCAGCAGCCUCUCUCCAGCUUCAUCCACAGACUCCUGCUGCUUCUCUCCUCCAACCUUCACCUGUGGAAGUGGGCAGGAGAACUUUCCAGAGAGUUUUCUUCUCAAGAGCAGCAGUGACCGAGAGGAAAACAAGAAGGCCAAGCCAGCCAGGCGAACCGGGCGUCCGAGAUCCAAGUGUCCAGGCGUAAAGCGUGAAAGUGCAAGCGAACGAGAGAAGCUGAGGAUGAGGGACUUGACCAAAGCUCUUCAUCACCUCAGGACCUAUCUACCUCCUUCAGUAGCCCCUGCCGGACAGACGUUGACCAAGAUCGAGACCCUGCGCCUCACCAUCCGCUACAUCUCCCACCUGUCUGCCCAACUGGAGAUGAGCCAAGCUGAAGCUGCCCAGGAGAGUCUUCCUGGGUUCUCAGGGCAGACAGAGGCUUCAAGCCCCCCAGCUCCAGCCGUUUUCCAUCCAGAGAACUUCAGCCAAGUCAGUCCACCAGCCCAGAGCUUCCCCACUCAGGAGUUCAUGAGCAUAUCUUCUUAUCAGAAUGCAGAGUACAGCCUGCCUCCAUCUCCAGCUGAAGGUUACUGGUUUCCCCCGCAGCAGUACUGUUACUAUGGACAAUGCUAA